AUGGGUUGUCUUGGGCGAACAUUAGAAUGUGGUUUUGGAGCGUAUCCGUGCUUUUUGUGUUGUGUAAAAAAUUCUAGAGAAUCGACCACAACACGACUUACUUACACACUUAUUCUUGUGUUUAUUACAUUUAUAUCAAUUGCAUCUCAUGAGGGUGGAGUUUUAAGUUCGCUGUAUCUCAGACAUAAAGACAAUUUUGAGCGAUUUUGCUCUCAGAUUGGAGCUGGUGAAGGAUGUUACAGAAUUAUAGGAUAUAUUGGGGUUUAUCGUAUAUGUCUUUCUCUCUUCACUUUUCAUAUCUUGAUGACAUUUUUUACCAUCGCAGUUUCUUCCAGUCAGACGUUCCGGGGAAAAAUUCAUAAUGGGUACUGGUUGUGGAAAGUGUUCUUUAUUGUCAGUGUGUGGAUAACUGCUUACUUUUUCCCAUACUUGGAAACUCUCAUCAGAGUGUGGAUGAUUAUGGGAAUCGUUGGUGGGAUUUUAUUUGUCUAUGUACAACACAUAACGCUUAUCGACUUUGCUUAUGAAAUAAAUGGGAAUUGGCAUAAUAAAUCGAAAACUUCAAUUUUUUAUACAUUGGCUAUAUAUAUUGCUACCUUGUCACUGUAUGCUGUAGCUAUUUGUGCUUAUACUGCCUUUGUACUUUUCUACGGUUUACCUCGUCAAUGUACAUUAAAUCUAACUGUCACUGGUAUUAACGCAGGUCUUACAUUACUAUUUGCUAUAUGCUCUGCAUUUUCUACCAUAUUAAGAAAAGGUCAAAUGUGGUUACCAGGUGCAAUCACAUCUGCAUUUGUAGCUUUUCUAACAUGGUCAGCUUUAGGCAGUCAACCAAGAAUUUUAUCGUCGAAUUUUCCGUGGCAAAAACAAACAGUGAAAAAGAUGAACGAUGUACAACAGCAAGAGCGAAAUUUUACUAUUCAUCCGCUAGUUGUUGUUGCAGAUCAGUUGAAUCGUUUAUUAUCUGAUCAAUUCACUCAAACCACUAAUCAAGUCAAAACAUCACCAACAUUGACUUCUGAAUCGAAACCAAAUAUUACUGACUCAAUUGUUUUAAUUAAUGAAUGCCUACCUGGUGGUGUGAAUAAAAUCAGUGAACACUUAGGCAAAGAUAUUGUUACAUUGUUAGGAAUAACAGUUGUGAUCAGUGGAUUUGUAUAUUCAAGUUUCCGUGCAUCUAUGCAAGCAAGACGUUUAGGUAUUCGAACACGAAGAGAGCGUUUGAAAGCCGUCCUACCACCUAUUCACGAAAAUAGCCAAUUUAAUGAAUCUCCUCUACAAUCUUCCAAUAAUAACAAACCUAAUCAGUCUUCCAAUCCACUUGUAACCAAUGACUUGAAUAAAUCUCCAAUACGUUUUAUGAAUUAUAAAGAUGUAAAACGACAAGAGCAUGCAUUAAAUCUACUUGCUGACGCUGUGGCUGAUUUACCUAAUCCAAAGGUUUUCCGUAGACCUUCAGCACGUCAACCUCGAUUAAAUUUACAAACUCUUAAUACAUCAGAUGUAAUAUCUCAGAACAUAGGGAAUAAUGUAGGCAAUUGCGGUAUAAAAAAUACAAAGAAUAAAUUAUCCUCAUCUCAUAAUAAUGAUGUCACUGACAACAAUCACAAUGUUACUACUACUGCUACUCCUACUACAACUACUGGUAAAUCUACUUUACGCUUAGCAUCCUCUGAACCGGAUUUGACAAUUACUAUGAGAAAUUAUUCACGUCAACGUGGUGAUAUACGUGAUUUAGAUUGGUCAAUAAUUAAUAAUGAUGGUAAUAAAAAUAAUAAAUCAUCAAAGCACAAAACUGAUAAACGAUCCCGUGAACAUUCAUUAACUUCAUUGAAUCAUCGAAUUGGUUAUUUACGUCAUAAAAAACUGAAACGAUCUAAAAGUCAAUUGAAAUCAACAAAUGUUUUAAAUGACAGUAAAAUUAAUGAUAUACACGGUAAUAAUAGUUUGUUAACUUUUGGUGAAGGUGAAGAUAAUGAUAAUUCAAUAUUGAAAGAAACAAAACUUUCUUCUAAACUUCAUUUUCGGAAAAAAAUUAAAAAAACAUGGCGUGGAACAUGUCGUUUAAAUUCACAUGAAAAACGUAUUGUUAAUGAUUUAUACUUAUUUAGUGCUGAUAAUCUCCCUGAAAAAGUUGGUCCGAACAUUUACUUAUCUGUUAGUCCAACAACAAAUAAUCCCAUACCAAUGUUAGCUAAUGUUGUUAGACGAUCACCAUUAUCUAGUAAAUACUAUCCACAACCAUUGAAUUUAUCAACAAAUUUGUCAUCUAGUCAACAGACGCAACUACAACAGCAUCCACCUCAUGAUGAUAUUGAAUGUUCUGCGUUGACAUCACCUAAUCAUUUAAGAUAUCGUCAAGCUAGAUGGGCCAGUGAAAUAGCAUUGAAUAAACGUACUAGUGGAUUAUUUAAUAUAGAACCUGGACUAGUCAAUUCACUAAGUUUCCUUGGAACUAUGCUAAAUACUGCUGCACCGCGUGACGGUCAUACGACUUAUAAUGAAGCGAUUGCUUCAGUUUACUCUUAUCCUUGGUUUCAUUUCAUUUAUGCAUUGGCCACUUUAUAUUUAAUGACUCAAUUAACUAAUUGGUACAAUCCACAAAUUUCACGUGUCGAUACUUUAUCAGAAUCAUGGGCAAAUAUGUGGAUGAAACUGGCAUCUAGUUGGUUAGCUUUAAUAUUGUAUGCAUGGACUAUAGCUUGUCCACGACUGUGUAUUGGUCGAAAACUUGGUGCAGUUCCGUUUACACCGCGUACACCACGUGCUAAAGUCUCACAAACUAUGCCAAUUGUUUAG